AUGGGCGUGGCGAGCAUUAGGUGCGUUGCUUGCGGUUGCAUCACGGAAGUCGGCAUGCUCGCCGCCUUCGUUCGCACUCCACUUGUGCGUCUAGCUCCGCGACACUGGUUCACAUCCUUGUAUCUUGUCGGUUCUGUUCGAAUGCGUGUGCUGGAGUCGCCUGCUGCAACGAGAGAGUGUAUUGUGCUGCUUCUGGCAACACUGCUAUGUUUAGUUGCGACGAGUCUAGGCGAUGAAAACGUUUGUACGAGAUUAGUCAGUUUGAAAAUGUCUCGUUCUGUCACAGUCAAUGAAAGCUACACUUUGAAAUCCAAGACUGGUUGCUUGCAGGGUUGGAAAUGGAGCUGCACGGUGCUACGCGUCAAAUACAGAAUCAUCUACAGGACGACGUAUUACAUAGCAUACAGAGCUGCACAGAGUUGUUGCUCAGGAUAUUCCAAAGUCGGGGGCCUUUGUCAACCAUUAUGUUCACCAUCUUGCGGAAGCCACGGCGCAUGCGCAAGUCCUGGACGUUGUCGUUGCGAGCCCGGCUGGAGGGGAUCGACCUGCUCCUUACCGGUAUGUGAUUCGGGAUGUGUGGCUAAUGGAGGUAGGUGUGAUGCUCCCUUCAGAUGUACGUGUCGAGCUGGGAGAAGUGGGCAUGACUGCUUGACAGUGUGUAGUAACGGCAAAUAUGGACCAAACUGUGCAAAUACUUGUAACUGUCGCAACAGUGCAGCCUGUCACCCGGAAAUUGGCACUUGCACAUGCGCGCCCGGUUGGAGAGGAGUGACCUGCGAUCAGCCUUGCCCGUCUGGAACGUACGGAUCAAAAUGCUCCUCGUGUGACUGCAAAAACAAAGCAUUAUGUGACCGUUUCACGGGAAGGUGUAUUUGUCCAAGAGGAUUCUUUGGUUCAAGAUGCGAAAAUCCUUGCACGUCGUGGACGUAUGGAGAGAAGUGUAUAAGACAAUGCGCGUGCAAUAGAACAAACACCUUUGACUGUAGUCACGUGACUGGUCAGUGUAAUUGCAAGCACGGAUGGAGAGGAGCGACGUGUCGUAAUCCGUGCCCGAACGGCACACACGGUCCCGGCUGUGGAUCUACCUGCACGUGCCAAAAUGAUGGACAGUGCAACAGGUUUACUGGAACUUGUAGCUGUCCAGCUGGUUUUAUUGGUGCAAACUGCGAGAAGGCAUGUCCUGCAAAAAAAUACGGGCUCCGAUGUAACAAAAGUUGCGAAUGCAAGAAUGGCGGACUGUGUAACGCCAUCGACGGACGUUGUAGUUGUGUAGAUCACUGGGUUGGCGAACAUUGCGAUAGACCGUGUCUAGGAGGAUGGAAAUACUGGAACGGAACAAUGUGCGCCGAUUGUCUCUGUCGAAUAGAAAAUACCAUAAGGUGCAACGCUUUGAAUGGAGAAUGCACGUGCGCGCCUGGAUGGGUCGGGUCUCGUUGCGCCGUGCAAUGUCCCAACGGUUCUUUCGGAUACAAAUGCCAAAAGAAAAGCCGUUGCCAAAACAACGCACAUUGUGAUCCCGUCGACGGCACGUGUACAUGCACGAACGGAUACAAGGGAACACUGUGCGAACAGACAUGCAGCAAUGGCACUUACGGUUUUUAUUGCGACGGUGUGUGUCGGUGCGAAAAUCGAGGCAUUUGCUCGCACGUCGACGGGUCGUGUCGUUGUGCCGACGGAUGGCGCGGAAGGUUCUGCACGUUGCCGUGUGCCGACGGAUUCUACGGACGACAAUGCAGGCAGUCAUGUCUUUGUCGCAGCAACUCGACGUGCAAUCCUGUUGAUGGAUCGUGUAACUGCAUGGACGGCUGGAUGGGAACCGAGUGUUCUACUCCGUGCAAAAAGUUUAGCUACGGGGCAAGCUGCAGUAAGCACUGUCAAUGUGACACAUUACAUGCUCUUGGAUGUGACAACGUUGACGGAGGGUGCUAUUGUCUUUCCGGAUGGACAGGAUCCACGUGCACGGAGAUGUGCGGAAACGGAACGUGGGGGCUGGAUUGUAAGCAAAAAUGUGUCUGCAACAACGGCGCAGCUUGUGACCCUGUAACGGGACAUUGUCAAUGCACACCCGAAUGGAGGGGAAACACUUGCUCAGAAACGUGCGCUAUUGGCUUCUACGGCAGGAAUUGCAGUCUUAAAUGUGACUGUAAAUUUCCCUACUGUCUACAGACAAAUGGAAUGUGUCUCUGUCCUGAAGGAUGGACUGGAGAACGCUGCAACGAAGUUUUGUUUAUUCCAAAAAUUGACAUCUCAAAGUCUUCUAACAACGAUGAAGUGAACGCAGCACUAUUUGGAGGAGUGGGGGGAGGCUUGGUGUUAAUAGUCAUCUUUAUCGUGCUAACAGUAAUUUUGAUAAAGCGUCAUAAAAGAAAUGCCAAUCUUCAUCUAAAAAAUUCUGUGGAUUCCACUGCUCCUGUUCAGUACGAGAAUUGUCGAACAGCAACAGAAUCCGUGCAAGAGGUGGCUUACGCUUGCAUUGAUGAAGUUGCUCUGGCCACUCCACAAAACGGUAUAGCGCUCAAUAAUAUAAACUACUUUAUGCUUCCUGUAGCAGCUCCUCGCAGCAGUCAUCCGAUAGUAAAGGCUUGAAAAGGCAGACAACAAUUGGCAGAUAUCAUGUAGUAUAGAGGAUUAUUUCAAAUUUCAUUGUGAACAUCAUUUUGAGGUUUCAGGUUAAUUUGUGGUUUUGUGAACUUCUUGCUCAAAUUAUGAGUAAGAAUCUACCUUUAUAUAUAUCAUGCUCUAUUCAGUAGACUGUCUGAGUAAAACAAUGCCAAAUGUUUAGUCACGUUUCUAUAACAAUUAAAAUCAA